AUGGACGAAGACAACCAAGUGCCCGAGGACCUGUCUUUGGAGGAAAGAGAUGAGCUGUCGAACAUACGACGCAGGAAAAAAGAGCUUCUGGAUGAUAUCGAACGGCUGAAGUUUGAGAUUGCAGAAGUGAUGACUGAGAUUGAACAGCUAACCUGUGUGGGGGAGAGCAAAACCACUCAAAGAAAUAAGCAGAUUGCUAUGGGGAGGAAGAAAUUCAACAUGGAUCCUAAAAAGGGAAUCCAGUUUCUUCUGGAGAACGAUCUUCUCCAGAAUACGCCAGAAGACAUUGCACAGUUCCUCUACAAAGGAGAGGGACUCAACAAAACGGUCAUUGGAGACUACUUAGGAGAGCGGGAUGACUUCAACAUCAAGGUCCUCCAAGCAUUUGUUGAGCUUCAUGAGUUUGCAGACCUCAACCUCGUUCAGGCCUUAAGGCAGUUUCUGUGGAGCUUCAGACUUCCUGGCGAGGCCCAGAAGAUUGAUCGCAUGAUGGAGGCGUUUGCCUCCAGGUAUUGUCAGUGCAAUCCCGGAGUCUUCCAGUCCACAGAUACUUGCUACGUCCUAUCGUUUGCCAUUAUUAUGCUGAACACCAGUCUCCACAAUCCAAACGUCAGAGACAAGCCCCCAGUGGAGCGCUUCAUCUCCAUGAACAGAGGGAUCAAUGAGGGAGGAGACCUCCCAGAGGAGCUACUCAGGAAUCUAUAUGACAGCAUCAAGAGCGAGCCAUUUAAGAUCCCAGAGGACGACGGGAAUGACCUGACGCACACAUUCUUCAACCCAGACAGAGAAGGCUGGCUGCUCAAAUUAGGAGGUCGGGUGAAAACCUGGAAGAGACGGUGGUUCAUUCUGACGGACAACUGCCUCUAUUACUUCGAAUACACAACUGACAAAGAACCUCGUGGGAUCAUACCUCUGGAGAAUCUCAGCAUCAGGGAAGUAGAGGAGCCUAGGAAACCUAACUGUUUUGAGCUCUACAACCCCAAUCACAAGGGUCAGGUGAUAAAAGCCUGCAAAACGGAAGCAGAUGGGCGCGUUGUCGAGGGCAACCACGUGGUAUACAGGAUAUCAGCACCCACACCUGAGGAGAAAGAGGAGUGGAUUAAAUCAAUUAAGGCCAGCAUUAGCAGAGACCCUUUCUACGACAUGCUUGCUACCAGGAAGAGACGCAUCGCCAACAAGAAAUGA